CUGUUUUGCUUGAUAGCCUACUAGAUUCACUUCAUCUUCUUCUUCGGUUACUCAGAUAUAGACCACUACAAGCUACCUACCACCACCAUCACAACACGAUCAAAACUCUCCACUACUCGUGUACAUUUUAUCUACUACCUCUACCCCUCACCACCGUUUCUCAAAGGAACUUGAACUCUUGACUGUAGUCAAAAGUUCUUUCUUAUAGGUACAAGAUUCAAUUUCAAUCGCAAGGAGAUUAUGUACUUGACAAUCAACUCAACCUUCCCAAUUGCGCCGUGAUAUUGAGACCCCUUCACAUACAUACACUAGUCUGCCACUGCCAGUCUGGUCAUAUUGCAUCGUGGACCGUCAAUACCUGACAUCCAUUGCUCCCUGAGCAACACAUUCCAUCUUCGGUGCACUCGACACUGUUACUAUACUUAGCUACCAAGGUUCCAACCCAGCGCAUCCACAUCACCCUGAGAAACUCGCCACCAUGCCUGGUCGUCUACUUUCCAGCUUUGUCCGCCCUUCCCUCUCCCACCACUCAUCCCACCAUUCAUCCGUUUCGCACUCGAACACUUCGUCUUCUUCGUCCGUGAACGAGAUCCCGAACACAACUAUGGCGUCAAAGAAGCCAUCCACCCUUCUGUCCGCUGACCGAGCUCGCUCACCCGAACGUCGGCUAUCGUUGGCGAUGGAGCAUCUGAUCCAUCCUCACCGUGAUCACAGCAAAGAGAAGCGACGGAGCCAUGGCCGCUCAGCUCGUUCAAAGGAGCGUGCCGCUCAUGAUCCCAGCGCCCACGCCUCGGCGAAGCUCGAUGUCAUCGUUGAAUCCCCGCCGCUCGUCUGUUACGGGAAUCCCGCCAACUCAACCGGCGCCUUGUUUUCCGGACGCCUGAAGAUCAGCAUCUCUGAAUUAGCCGGCAUGAUCACGCUUGACACCUUCGAUAUGCGUCUCAUGAGCAGACAAACGACCAAGAAACCGGUUUCUAGAGACUGCGCCAACUGUGCCUCGCGAACUGAGGAGCUGACACACUGGAAUUUCCUCACCGAGCCCCUCACCCUUAAGAGUGGUGACCACGAGUUUCCGUUCAGCUACCUAGUCCCCGGCCAUCUGCCCGCCUCGUGCAACGGCUCGUUGGGUCAGAUCGAAUAUUUUCUCUCUGCGCGUGCUCACAGUAUCAACGGAGAGGAGUUCACCUACAAGAUGCCUCUGCACAUCAAGCGUGCCAUUCUUCCCGGCAACGACAAGUCCUCCAUCCGUAUCUUCCCUCCUACCAAUCUUACCGGUCGCAUCGUCCUUCCAUCCGUCGUUCACCCAAUCGGUACCUUCCCCGUGCAAAUGACUCUGAGCGGAGUGGUGGAUAAAGGCGAAGAAACUCAAACUCGCUGGCGCCUGCGUAAAAUGAUGUGGCGGAUUGAGGAACACCAGAAGAUCGUCUCUGCAGCCUGCCCCAAGCAUGCACACAAGAUCGGAGGCGAAGGCAAGGGUGUCCUCCACCAGGAGACCCGCAUCAUCGGUCACAACGAAGAGAAGGAUGGCUGGAAGACAGAUUUUGAUACCGCCGGCGGUGAAAUCAGCAUGCAAUUCGAAGCCAGCAUCAACCCAUCUUGCAACCCAGUGUGCGAUCUCGAGGCUUCGGGUGGCCUGGAAGCUCGUCAUAAUCUUGUCAUUGAACUGAUCGUCGCCGAAGAGUUCUGCCCCAACCGCAACACGAGACUCAUCACCCCGACUGGAGCAGCGCGUGUUCUGCGGAUGCAGUUCCACUUGCACGUUACGGAACGCAGCGGGCUGGGUAUCAGUUGGGACGAGGAGAUGCCACCAGUCUACGAGGAUGUUCCUGCCAGCCCCCCCGGUUACACCAUGCUGGAUGGAAGCAGCAUCAUGGAAGACUACCAUGGAUCUCCCUUGCACCUUCCGGAGUAUGAAGAACUGGACCGCAUGGAAUCUCUGCGCUUGGAUAGCGACUCCACACAUUCUUCUUCAACCAGGGGACGAUCACGCCUUACACCUGAUGAUUUCUCGGCUGAGCCAUUGAGUUUUGAAACGACAAACCGAGCUACCUCUGCCACUGAGCCUUGAGCGUUGGCUGAUGCCAUUGCUUCGCACAAUUCUUACACAUACAACUUCAACAUUGGUGUACCUCGAACACCGCCCUUCAUGAAUUUAUGACUGCUACGAAUUCAACGAUUUUCACCCCCCCGAGGACGUCCUUGUUCUCAUGCACUCUCAACAGUUCCGCGAAAAUUGGAAGUCCAAGCUCUCACUACCUUUCCCCUAAUUCCUAAUUGUUUCAUACCAUGGAGGAGAACAC